UCAACCCCACGUUUUGCGACGGACAUCUUUUUUCCUCUACCGACAGUAACACAGUUAUCAAACCCAUAUCCGACUAUUGUCGCCCUCAACUGCUCUCAUCUCAAACAAAACAACACGACCGUCAUUAUGGAUCCCAUGGAGCAGAUGGCCAACGGCCCCAGCGGCCCGUUGCCCAAGGACUUCAACCCCGAGGAAGCGGGUAACAGCGAGGAUAUGGAGAAGCAGUUCGCAGUCAAGGUCGUCCAGCACAUGUCGACCUACUGGUCUAUCCUCGAGCGCGUCAAGGGCUCGUCGCUGCGCCUCACCAAGCUCGACGACGAAAUCUACACACACCUCAUGCUCACAUUCCCCGACUUUGACCCCGCCGCCACGAUCAACGAGGACGAGAUGAAGUCGAAAGCAGGCAAGGAGAAGUGGCGCCCGUUCAUGAUGGCGUACGAGAAGAGGGUGGACGACUACAACUUUGGUACCAUGGUGCGGAACCACCCCGGGAAGGAGUACGACCAGGACACGACCAUCUUCGUGCCGCGUAUGCAGUUCUAUGCUAUUGAGAUUGCAAGGAACAAGAAGGGGCUGAAUGACUGGAUCUUUGAGAAGGCCGAGAAGGAGAGACAGGCGAAAUAAAGUGACGGACCUUGGCAGCGCAUCUGGUUGUUGAAGUAUGGGAGCGUUGCGCGGAAAGCCGCGACGCAGGCGAACCCUGACGAUUUGAACGGCAUAUAGACUCUUGAAUGAACAAGUCAAAUACCCACGUGGAUUCGAGUCACCUUUCGCUGAGAUUGCGGAAUCACCGAUUCUCACCGAUGGAUCAGGCGCUUUGAUUCCA